UACGUAGCAGUUUUGCGCAUGCGCUUUGCCUUCGUUUUCACUUCCUGGAAGAGAGGUCAUAUCAAACGAACAGUCCUCUCCUCACUGCAUUCUCCCGAGGGCGAUAUUCACAGGGGGCUGAUCAAAAAUUAUAUACAGAAGACCCCUUUUCGUAAGGCGUUGAAAGCCAUUUCCCCUCAUUAACUUGGUCCACCCGGCAGUUUCCUAGCUCAGUCAUGUGUGAUCUCAGCCAAGGCGGUGUUUUGGAGUCAGACGACCAUAAAGAUUUUUCCCUGAUGAGCAGUCGCCUGGAUUCCUUCCGUGGCUCUAGACUGGCCUUAGAGGUGCCAGCAGAAAGACUGGCCAGGGCUGGCUUCUUCUUCACCGGUCAUGAUGACUGUGUCCGCUGCUUCAGCUGCCACAGAACUGUGGAAAACUGGCACAGGGGAGACACACCUGUAGAAAGGCACAAGGAGGUUUCCCCGUCAUGCAAGUUUCUCAGCUGCGCCCACCACUCCAGUUUCAACUCAAAUUCUGAUCCUUCAACUAAUGGCUCCAUCUUCAACGAAGAAGCAGAAGACAGGGAGUAUCGUUUGAGAAUAGGAGAAGUGGUUGAUGAGACCACUUACCCCGUGGCCCCACACAUGAAGAGUGAAGAAGCUCGACUUCAGACCUUCACUUGUUGGCCCACCGCUGCUCCUGUGACUCCUCAGAGUCUGGCCCAGGCAGGUCUCUACCACACUGGGCAAGGCGACAUCGUGCAGUGUUUUUGCUGUGGUGGUAAACUGGCUGGUUGGGAACCGGGGGACGUCGCCUGGGAAGAACAUACCAAAUUUUUUCCCUAUUGCUUCUUCAUCCUUGGGCACGACGUAGGGAACAUCCCAAUCGAGGGUGGUAUGCAAGAGGACGCGAACGUCAGUAGUCGGCGUCCAAACGUCCCUAUGGGCAGUUUUGAGGAAAGGCUGCACAGCUUUGCAGGUGUCCAGCACCCUGUUAACCACGAGAGGCUUGCCAGAGCUGGAUUCUACAGCACAGGUGAAAGAGACGAGGUGUUGUGUUUCCACUGCAAUGGAGGUCUAAAAGACUGGCAGCCUUCUGAAGACCCGUGGGAAGAACAUGCCAAAUAUUACCCAGGAUGCAGCUUCCUGUUGGCAGAAAAAGGACAAGAAUUUGUUAACAGCAUCCAACUACAACGACCACAAAACAUCGCAGCUGCUCCAAGUCAUCAGAAUGGAUUUUCACAGGACAGAAAUGAGAUACUGCAGUCAGCUAUUGCUCAGAAGGCCAUAAAGAUGGGUCUCGAGCCCAGCGUGGUGGAGAAUGCCAUCUUGGAGAAAAUCAGCAGGUCUGGAUCAAGCUAUCCCAGCCUGGAAGCACUUGUGCAGCAAUGUCUCGACGACAUACGCGACAGUGAUGCUGCCAAGGCGGAGAAGCAAGAUGAGGACCCGAUGGAGAAACUACAGAAGCUGCAGAGGGAAAAACUGUGCAAAAUAUGUAUGGACAGAGAUAAUUGUAUCGUGUUCAUCCCAUGUGGCCACCUGGCCACUUGCAAAGCUUGUUCAGAGUCACUCAUCAAGUGUCCUAUCUGUUGUGGAGAAAUAAAGCAAAAGGUCAGGGCCUAUAUUGCUUAAGGGAACCACAGAGUCUCGCCAGACUUCAAUGCUGCUUUCUCAUCUUAAUGAUAUUGUAAUUUAAUCUUAAAUGUACAGUAAUAUAUACACGUAUACAUACACACAUACACCAUGUAAAUAAGGACCAUGUUUUUAUAUGAAUAUUUGAAUGUAUGAAUAUAAUGGGGAAAAAAAUAUUUUCACAAUCACUAGAACGCUAAAUAUUAAUAUUGAGAAAAUAAUAUUUUACAAAUAGCUGCUGACACAUGUGAAUACACACUAAAGAAGACAUUACAACACUACUUUUUUUUUUUUUUUUUUUUUUGCCGGAGGUGCCUUUCUUAGGGUGUAUACAUAUCAUAUUUUCACUAAUUUAGUUAAACUGGGCUGGACAUGGAAAAUCAUUCACCUAUGUCCUCCUCAUUGCUGGUGUGUUUUAUGUUUAGAUGUAAUUUUAAUUAUCUUAAUGUGUGCCAUUCUUUGUAAAUUCAAAUCCUUAAAGACUUUUCUUUGAUUCUAGUUUAGGGCCUGCAGUUAAUCAGUGUGGUGUGAACUUAUUUUACCAUUCCAUCAUGCAAUCUGUUGUGUUAUCAAGAGUGAAUAAAUCUUAAUAAUUGGA